AUGAGCCUUGCCCUCAUCAUGGUUGUUGUUCUCACCAUGGCCCUCAUGGCUAUCCCCCUCAUCAUGACCAUUGCCCUCAUCAUGAUCAUCGACCUCAUCAUGACCAUUGCCCUCAUCAUGACCAUUGCCCUCAUCAUGAUCAUCGACCUCAUCAUGACCAUUGCCCUCAUCAUGACCAUUGCCCUCAUCAUGACCAUUGCCCUCAUCAUGACCAUUGCCCUCAUCAUGACCAUGGCCCUCCCCAUCACCCCACGGCCUUCGCCCCUGCCCGUUCAGCCGUCGGCCGUUCUCCGGCGACAUACUGCCGAUGCUCGCGAUCAGCAUGCUGCCAAUGCUCGCGAUCAGCAUGCUGCCGAUGCUCGCGAUCAGCAUGCUGCCGAUGCUCGCGAUCAGCAUGCUGCCGAUGCUCGCGAUCAGCAUGCUGCCGAUAGCUUGGCUGCUUCCUCUCCCAAGACGCCAUCGCCCCUAUCAUCAUCAUCAUCUUCGUCGUCGUCGGCAGAGGGGAGCUGGGCUUGGUCCACUUCAGAGGCGAUGAGGUACGGGCUAGUGCUUGGCGGAUACUCGCUGACCAAGAUUGUGUCAUCGCCGCUGGUGGGGCAUGCGUCGGAUGUGUACGGGCGGAAACCACUGCUGGUGGUUAUGCUUGUGGGGUCGGGCGUGUGUCUGGCCGUCACUGCGCAGACGACGUCGGUGGAAGGCCUCAUUGCCGCUCGCAUGGUCACGGGUGUCUUUGCGUCGAACGGUGCCCUGCUCACCGCCAUCCUCUACGAGGCCUAUCCGAGCUCGGCCGUCCGCAUGCUCUCGCUGCUGGAGACGUGCUGGAAGGUCGCCUACUUUGCCGCGCCAGCCAUCUUAUACGCUCUGGCAGACUGGCCGCCGUCAACGCCGCUUGUUCUCGCCGCCGCUCUCUUCUUUAUCGCCGCUCUGCUGGCAACCGGGUUGCGGGUUGGCGACCAGCCGGCGAGCAAAGGCAAAGCCGCCGUGUCGGCGCCUUUCGACCAAGAAGCGCCUCCGGCGACGCGGUCGUUUGGCGACGCGAUGAGGACGUCGCUUGCACACCCGCUGGUGCUGGCGCUCAUUGUGGCCGGGAUCGUCUCGCCGACCAAGGACAUGGCACCGCUGAUGGCGUCCAAGUUUGGCUCGGGACCGGCCGAAGUCUCGGCCACCUCCACGGUCAAGUACCUAGUCUCGCUGGGUGUCACCAUCUCGCCGAUGGCCGCCAACGUUGCUAAGACCUAUCCGGUGCGGCAGGUCAUUCUGGGCGGAUUGGUGGUCCAGGGCAUCCUCUUCUGUAUUUACCCUCUCGCGCCGACCCUGUGGGCCUUUUACGCGCUCCACGCCGUCGCCGCGGUGGUGGCGGCCGUCUCGGACCCAAUCGAGAUAGCCUACGUCUCGUCGCUGGCGACCAAGGACACGCUCGGCGCCUUUAUCGGCGUCACCCACUCGAUCAAGGGCAUCACGCGGUUUUCGUCCACCCUUCUCGGCGCCAUGCUCUCGGGCUCUGCGGUAGAGGCACCGUUUUACAUCGGCGGCGCCGGGCUGGCCGCCAAGGGCAUGCUCGUCGCCGCCCUAGGUCGGUAGUAACGUUAGCUAGCCGGCGCGAAGGAGCUUACCCAUCACUGAGAGGCCACGCUUGGCAAUGUCAGCGUCGGUGUGGGAAGAGAGCUCCUCGAUGAGGCCGACGAGCGUGCCGUCGGCCGCCCGCGCCACCAGCCGGGCUUGCGGCGACUCGAGAACCCAGCCGAGGAUCUUGAGGAUGUUCAGGACGAGGUGCUUGGACGAGGCGGCGGUGAGUGCGGCGACGAGCUGGCCGAGAAGCGGCGGCUUGAGGAGCUGCGGGUAAAGCGACGGCCC